AUGGCUAAAUCAUUGAGAAGCAAAUGGAGAAGAAAGUGCAGAGCAGUAAAACGUGAACGUUAUGGAGUUAAAGAACUUGCUAGAUUAAAGAAAACUUUAGGUAUUGAGGAAAAUGGCCAGCAGGAUGUAGAAAUGAACGAAUUAUCUGAAAUAGCGACAAUCGUUGAUGCAAAAACAAUUCAAGCCGAAAAAGAUAAAAAAGCUGAUGGAAAUGAUGCUGAUAAUCAUGUAGAUCAAAUGGAUCAAGAUGGAAAACGUGUUUACAACAAAAAGACAAUGAAAGAUCAGUUCGGGCAGUACCCAGUUUGGAUGAGCAGCCGUAAAAUUGCCAAGCACAAGAAAGGACGUGGUAAAAAUCUACAGUCUACUUCUAAAUCAAACAAAAGACUUACAAGAAGGCAAAAAAAAAUUUUAAAGAAAAAAGGUAGCUCUGAUUUUAAAUGAUUAAGAUUAAAAAUCGAUUAACUCCCAAUUAAUCAUAAAUUUUAUGGAUUAAAACUCUGCACUACAUUAUAUUAUUUUUUUAAUUAUAUAA